GCUGCAACCGGCACACGCACCUAUAAAUUCAGGUUUGACAGACCGGUUCCUCUAUAUUCAGGAAGAAAACACACUCGCUGGAUUAAACCCUGGAUGGAAAUAAUUAUUUUGCUUUCUCUCAGUACAAUUUGGACUAACAAUUUUAUAUUACCAGAAGAGUUGUGCUGCUGGAAUGCUGCUUUGGGACACUGAGCCACAUUUGUUUAUGGCCAAAGGUGUUGAAACAUUUAAAACAAAAGACAAGAGAGGUGUUUCUUUGGAAGAAACUUGAUCUUGAAUCAGAAAUCUGCUGAGGUAGGGAAAGAGGAGAAGAUCUAGUUAAAAAUAAAGGUAAAAGUUUCGGUCAAAAGCAGAGAAAAAAUGGUUGGAAUCAAACCUACCGACCUGCCACCAACUGCUGCUGUCAAGUUUUUUGGAGCUGGUACGGCAGCGUGUUUUGCUGAUCUUGUGACUUUCCCACUGGACACAGCAAAAGUGAGACUUCAGAUCCAGGGAGAGUCUACAGCUGCCUCGGGUUCAGCUGUGGUGAAAUAUCGUGGAGUAUUUGGCACCAUCGCCACUAUGGUGCGUACAGAGGGCACGAGGAGUCUGUACAAUGGCCUGGUGGCAGGACUGCAACGACAAAUGAGCUUUGCAUCUGUUCGUAUCGGUCUUUAUGACUCGAUGAAGCAAUUCUACACCAGAGGAUCUGAGAGUAAGUAUCAGACUGGUGGUUUAAAUAGAGACAGAAAUAAUAGCAGUGAAACUGAUCCUAACGCUGCUCUUCUCUUCUCAGACGCAAAUAUUGUUAUUCGCCUGAUGGCUGGCUGCACCACAGGGGCCAUGGCUGUUGCGUUUGCACAACCCACAGAUGUCGUAAAAGUGCGUUUUCAGGCUCAAGUGCGUCAGUCAGAUGGAUUAAAGAGAUACAACGGCACAAUGGAUGCAUAUCGGACUAUUGCACGUGAUGAGGGUGUUCGGGGGCUUUGGAAGGGCUGCAUGCCAAACAUCACAAGGAACGCUAUUGUAAACUGCGCAGAGCUGGUCACUUACGACAUUAUCAAGGAACUCAUAUUAAAAUAUGACCUCAUGACAGAUAACCUACCCUGCCACUUUACCGCUGCAUUCGGAGCUGGUUUCUGCACCACGAUUGUUGCAUCUCCCGUAGACGUGGUCAAAACCCGCUUCAUGAACUCAGCUUCAGGCCAGUACAGCAGUGCACUAAACUGUGCCCUCACUAUGCUCACCAAAGAGGGACCAACAGCUUUCUAUAAGGGCUUUGUGCCCUCCUUUCUGCGCUUGGGAUCGUGGAACAUUGUGAUGUUCGUCUCCUACGAGCAAAUCAAGAGAGGUCUAUCUAGAAUGCAGAGCUCAUGGGAGUCUCCUUUCUGAAUGGACACUGUCAGUAUCUUUUGAUUUUGAUUGAACAGAGAGUGCAAUUGUAAGUCAAGUCCUCUGUUACGAGAUCAAAGGGAUUCCUGGGUUAAGUCUUAUCACUGAAAAAGGCUGCGACUUUUUAAGGCCAAAGGUCAAGCUCAUCAAAAAUGAGAGAUAAAUUGCCACGACUCAUAAGAUGCAUGGCUGAGAAAGUAAAAUAAACAUAUUUGUCUUAGUUUCAGUGUCAUUGGACACUAUGAGAGAGUUUAUUAGUUGUGAGGAAGAUACAUCUCUAUUGUUUAUGUAUAUUCUUGUUAAAUAUGUGAAAACGGGUCCAUAGCUCUAAUGAAUGAAUGUUUAUUUAUACUAUAAAUUGGAAAAUGUCUUCAUGUCUUCAAUAAAGGUUUUUUAUUAUA